GAAACAUUAUGGUUCGUUAACGAUCUAAAAUGUCACGUUUUGUUAUGUAUUAACUCGCAAAGAUGUUUUUUAAAUUCAUUAUAUGUACGCUUAUUUGUUGACGUAUCAAAAUCCAAUAUGGCGUCCGAAGAUUCUUAAUGCCGCUUUUUAUAUAUUUAAAUUCUGAACUUGUAUUCGACCAUAUUCGACUGAAUUUAUGGAGAAUUUUACAUCCAAGAAUGAAAUAAACUUCCAAUGAAUUACAAGGGGCCAACUGAACAUCCGAAUGUAAUGCAGACAAAUUCAGAUAUAAAUAGCAAUGAAAUCGUCUCAUCAGACUCUGUGGACAAAACAAAUGGACCAAUGAACUCCAAAUAUUACUACAAUACGCAGCUCAGCGAUACUCCAACGAAAAUGUUGAACAGGAUUUUCUGCAGUAUGCAGAACUCACUGUGUACAGGUCCUCCGAAUAGCAGCAAAGAUUAUUCGGGAGACUGUACGCUGCUGGAUAAUUCUACAAAAUUGAGUCGAUGUAAAAAGUUGUAUACUGAUAGAGAGUCGCCUAUCGAUCUUCCUGGUAUGAAAGACAGUAAUACAAAUAUAUUUAAAUCGAAACAGUAUCUGCAUCCUGCGUUAACUGUUAAAUGCAACUUUGAAAAGAGACAUAAAAGUUACAAGAGACAGAAGAGAAAACAGUUUUAUGUAUUUAACAUGGAUUUCAUAAAUGCUAGUCAAUUCGAUGUUUCACAGAAGAAAAGAAGAAAGAACCAGAGUUCGAUAUUAAACGUCUCGAAGAAACACGUUGAUCCGGUUGAUAAAUUCUCGGUUGAUCGAUUUAUAAGUACAGAUGGUAACAAAGGGAGUAGUCUUUUAAAUCCUGUAGUUCGUUUGAAGCGACUGUCCAAGUACGAUAUACAGAUGUACACAAGAAACCCAGUAGUUUGUCUAAGGCGACUAACAAAGCUUGAUAUACAGAAAUAUGUGAAGUCAAAAAGAAGAAAGUGACAAAUGUUACGACGUAAGGUUUCAAAUUGUAAAAUGUAUCAAAAUUUCAGUAAUUUAGUUGCGAACAAAUUGUUACAUCGACCAGUACCUGAAAAAUGUUUCCUAUGAUACAAGAUACCAAAUUUUCUUUGGACUGUAUGAUAUACUUCUAUCAUAUAUUUUUAUGCAUUUCGUACUUUUAAAUGUUUCUUAUAGUAAUAUCGAAUGGCUGUGAGUUCAGCUCUUUUAAAAUUUGUCCAAUUCUUGUGGAAUCAAAGAUUGAAAUGUAUUAAAAUGUAUAAAAUGAAACUUCAUGUCUUAAAAAGAAUUUUACGGUUACUAUAGUUUCUAGUGGCAAUAGUAGGCAUGAAAGAGUCAAUAUUUAACAACGAGCCAACAGUUCCGAUAAGGACAUGUACAGAUUGAAUUUUAGUAUGAACGAGGUCGAAUUUGUUCAAGAAAGUAUGCCAUACAAGCUGUAUUAUAUUGUAUUUAAAGGAAAUUAAAGUAUAUAUGAUUUUACCUAUAAUAAAAUUUAUAAACGGACAAAAUUAUAUUUUAUUGUGUACUAUGUUUCUCUUAAUUUGUUAAAAAGAGAAUGUUCUCCUAUUAUACACUAAAAUAUAAAUAAUAUUAACGUA